UGUUUACAUAUAUUUGUAAUUCUAUGGUAUCGUCACGAAGGGAAGUGAUGCGUAAAUUCCAUAUAACCAUAUUCAUACGAUAUUCGUGCGAUAUAUCAUGAUAACGUUAUAUUAUCUCUUAUACUUUAAGAAAAACUAAAAUGUCAGAAUCAAAAUGAUCUGUAAUACACAGUUACAUGCAGUAGUAUUUGUUACAAUAUUUGACCUGUGACUUAUUAUUUUGUGACUCAUCAGUCUGUCAAAUCAAACUCCUGAUCUUGAUAUAAACUUCCUAACCUAUAAAACGUCAUUUUCAAACGAUCAAGCAUUCUAUUAUAAUUUUCUUUAUUCAUAUCUUCCGAGAUAGUCUCUAAUAUAAUUAGGUGAAGUUGCAAUAGUAUUUCUACUCUAAUCAUGGAGUGGUUAUUUGGGAAACGUAUUACUCCUGAGGAGAUGCUCAGGAAAAAUCAGAGAGCUUUAAACAAAGCUAUGCGAGAUCUUGACAGAGAGAGAAUGAGGAUGGAGCAACAAGAAAAAAAGAUCAUUGUGGAUAUAAAGAAACUUGCUAAAGAUGGGCAAAUGGAUGCAGUGAAGAUUAUGGCUAAAGAUCUUGUAAGAACUAGACGUUAUGUGAAAAAAUUUAUGUUGAUGAAAGCAAAUAUCCAAGCAGUUUCUUUAAAGAUUCAAACAUUGCGUUCACAAAACACAAUGGCACAAGCAAUGAAGGGAGUCACAAGAGCCAUGCAAAAUAUGAACAAACAAUUAAAUCUUCCUCAAAUACAAAAAAUAUUACAAGAGUUUGAAAAGCAGUCAGAAAUAAUGGAUAUGAAAGAGGAAAUUAUGAAUGAUGCUAUUGAUGACGCGAUGGAAGAUGAGGGUGAUGAAGAGGAAAGUGAUGCUAUUGUGUCGCAAGUUUUGGACGAAUUGGGUCUCCAAUUGACAGAUCAAUUGUCAGGUUUACCUCAAGCAUCCGGUUCAUUAAAUGUAUCAAAUUCCAAGCAACCAGUUGCGACUGCGACAGGGAAUGACGAAGGUGGAAAUUUGACAGAUGCGGAUGCAGAUCUGCAAGCUAGGCUCGAAAAUUUAAGACGUGAAUAAGAACACAUUUCUAUAUAGAUGACAAAUGUAUAAAAGAUGUAAAGGAAAGAAUUGGUUUUAUAAACAUUAAUUUUAGGAUUGCUUUACGAUUUUAGUUAGAGAUAUGAAUGUUUUAUCAUAGCACUUGUUUUUCAAUCCGUUCACUUAAAUAAUCGAUUUAUAAAAAAUAAGAAGAAUGUUAUAUUUCUAUCGCUUAAAACAAUUAUGAAUUCAUGAAAUAUGAAUGAUGAAGAAACAGAGGCAUAUAACUUCGUUAUGUAUUAAUCUGUAUUGUUACUUUUUUUAUAAAAAAAAAAGAAAAAUGAAAGGACUUUAAGAUGGUAUCUUGAAGUUUCUGUGCAUAUUUUAUUUGCACAGGAUAAUUUUGUAAAGUGGAUAACUUAUACUUAAAAUGCUUAUCAAAUAUAUUAUGAUAAGAUACUUACUUAUUAUAUUUUGAUAAAUGCAUGUACAUAGAUUUACUUGAGAAAUUUGUAAUUUACGUACAUGUACAUAUACGCUUUCAUUUUUUUAGGAAAUAUUGUACACUUACCGUAAAAGUAAAUAAAGGAAAUAUGUUAGCAGUUUUUAUAUGAAAAAAAACAGCAUAUAAAUUAUAUGCUCGCAUAUUCAAAAGGAGUACACUAAAUAAGUUUGUUCACUGCUUUUAUCAAAACUUAAUCUUUCAGUGCCUCAUAAUAUAUCUACUUUUGAUAAUUAUGUAAUAGUAAAAAUUAUAUAUUGUUCACAGGCAUAAUAACCGUAUUAAUAAAAUUUAUUUAUAAAUUGUAUUAACUACAACAACGUAAUCCGUAUUAUGUAUUAACAAAUUUGUUGAUAGAAAUGCAGUGAAACAAGAUUGUGCAAUGAUGUAUUAAAUAUGUGGAUAACACACACACAUACACGCAUAUAUAUAUAUAUAUAUAUACAUACAGUAAAUCGCUUAAUAAUGAAAAUAUUAACAACAAUUAAAACUAUUGGUAAUUAUAAAUAAACGAAAGACAUAAUUAAAAUGCAUUCUUUAAUACCUUGCUGAUAUAAGUAAUUAAACAUAUUAUAACUUACCUCUAAAAACUACUAUUAAAAACAACCGGUUAGAGAGAUUGAAAACAGUCCAUUUUAAAUAAAUUAAAACAAUUUGGCAAAUUAAACUAAAUUAAAGCAAUUAAAAUAAUUUUUCUGUAUUACUACUGAAAAUAUUUAAAAACUCACAAAACGGAUUAAUAUUUUUCAAAAUCGCCUGGAGUAGUAUUCAUUUCCAAAGGGUAUCAUAGUCAAUAAUUCUGUGAGAAAUAUGAAAUAUUAUCUCUAUUAAACAAAAUGUACAUACACAUAAUAAUGCGCAUUGGAUAAUGAUUUUAAUAUCUUGAUCGUGAAAUACAGGUAUAAAAUAGUAGUCUGGUCUGGUUUCGAACAUGGCCUAGCUAGACGUUCAAAAUGAAUACGAACGUUUAAUUAAUUGAUCGAAGUGCACUGAAUCGAUAAUUCGGUAUCGUUAUAGAAAGUUUCAAUAAACGUAUUUAUGUAACGUG